AUGACAUUUGACACCACGUGGAAUAACCUGAUCUAUCAACUUAGUCCGGAACUGUUAAAGUUUCAUGUCAAUGCUAUCCAUGACACUGCGUCAACACCUAGCAACCUAAAGCUUUGGAAUAAAGCCGUUUCAGGAAACUGUAAACUCUGCAGCAAACAAGGGACACUCAAUCAUAUCCUCACGUUCUGCAAGGUUGCACUGAGACAGGGACGUUUCAACUGGCGCCAUGAUCAGGUCCUACGUGAAAUCAUGAAGACUGUUUCAUCACAGAUUGAAGAGUUUAAUUCCGACAUCGCCAAGGAAUCGAAGAGGGCACCGUCGGUCUUUCACAAGGCAGGCAAUAAGCGCGAGAAGGUUACCUUAGCUGACCCAACUCAUCAUAAGACCAAAAGAUAUUUCUUUUCAGAUGCCAACGACUGGAAGAUAAUAUUUGAUGAGGAUGAGAGACAGAGGAACUUCCCGCAGCACAUUGCAGCUACACCACUAAGACCUGAUGUAGUGAUCUAUUCAGAUAAAGCAAAGAAGGUUUAUCUAAUGGAGCUGACUUGUGGAAAUGAGCAGAACUUUGCUGAUCAAGAGAAGCGAAAGAUGAAGAGAUAUCAGCAGCUGACAGAAGAGAUAGAAGCCAACGGAUGGGCUUGCAAGCUCCAGACAGUAGAAGUGGGAGCUCGAGGCAUUUACAACUAUAGCCUCCCAACCUUUAUGAACCACCUGAACGUAAACAACAAAGAGAAGAAGAAGGCCUGCAUGAAGAUCGCUGAGAUCAGCCUGAGGGCAUCGUAUACCAUCUAUUUGUCCAGAAACAAUACCAUAUGGACAGAUGAUUGGGAGUUAGUCAAGAGACCAGUAAUAGCAUAG